AUGGAAGGUGGCAUUAUCACUAAGGCCCCGAUAGGCAGUUUUCAAGCCAGCCAGCAAUUUCGCCUUAGCGUCCGGGUCACUGAUCUCAACGCUGAGGUGACGGCCACCUCUUAUGCAGACAUGCAGCUCUUUGUCUAUGUCAGUUUUCAACCAGUCGCCUUCCCAGGAAGUGAAUUCAAAGUCUACUUCCCUGAGGCAUCGCCCGUUGGAACCAGGCAAGCCUUACUGCAAACAUACUAG